CUCCUACUUCUUGCACACCUGCAUAUAAGCUCACCUGUAGCAGCAGCAGCUCAGAGCCUCCUGCAUUCCUCUGGAUCCCACCCUGACUUUAUCUGAAGUUAAUCCUGCCUUCACAGCCACUCAUCAUGGCCUCCAGCAUGUCGGUGAGGAGUUUCUCUAUGGGCCGUCAACCCUCCUUUUCCAGCCGUUCUCUGAUGGACACCAGCCGCGCUCGCUCCCGUGCCUCAGUCUCUUUUGCGGCAGCCAGCCCGCUGACCCGUUCGGCUUCCAUCAACCAGGACCUCAACGGGCCAAUCAGCCUCCAGCUUAACGGUCUGCACGGCAACAGCACCAACGAGAAGGAAGCCAUGCAGAGUCUCAACAACCGUCUGGCCAACUACCUGGACAAGGUGCGGUCACUGGAGCGCUCCAACGCAGACCUGGAGAUAAAGAUCAAGCAGCUGAUGCUCGACCGCGUUCCCAAAGGUCGUGACCUUGAUUCCAUGAUGGCUCAAGCUCAUGCUGUUGAGCAAGAGGUGAGGAAGAAGACUCUGGAGAACGCUCGUCUCAUGUUAGAGAUUGAUAAUGCUAAACUGGCCGCCGAUGACUUCAGAAUCAAGUGGGAGACUGAGCUGGUGAUGUGUCAGUCUGUGGAGCGAGACUGUGUCGCUCUGAAAAAGGCCAAGACUGACCACGAGCAGAUCAUUGCCUCUCUGAGGGGAGAUCUGGACAGCCUGAAGGAAGAACUUUACUUCCUCAAGAAAAACCAUGAGGAGGAAAUUGAGCAGAUGAAGUCUCGUAUCGCCAGAGAUGAGGUGAAUGUGGAGGUGGACUCCGCCAGCGGGCCGGAGCUGGGCACUAUUCUGUCUGACCUGCGUUCUCAGUAUGAGGGGAUUGUCAAGAAGAACAAGGAGCAGGCGGAGCAGUGGUACCGCAAGAAGCUGGAGACGGUGCAGAACGAGGUGAAGGAGAGCAAUGAGGCUCUGAGAGGAGCCCAGAGCGAGCUGAUCGAGAGGCAGCGCUUCCUGCAGAGCCUGGAGGUGGAGCUGGAGAGUCUGCACAAGCAGAUAGCAGCACUGGAAGGUAACCUGGGUGAGACAGGUCAGAAAUACUCCGGUGAGAUGGAGCGGCUGCAAGCCACCCUGAGCCAGCUGGAGGAAGACCUCUCCCAGCUCAGGCUUGACAUGCAGCGCACCAAGACCGACUACGAGCAGCUCCUCCGCAUCAAGCAGAACCUGGAAAUGGAGAUCGCCACCUACAGGCGCCUGCUGGAGGGAGAGGAAACAGUCAAAGAAGUUCCUCCUCCACCGAAAAUUUGCACUGUCAGCUGUAGGAGCCUGACGUUCGCACCAGGAAGAUUGUGAAGGUGGUGACUCAGACGAUGGUCAACGGCAAAGUGGUGGAUGAGUCCAGUGAGGUGGAGCAGAUUGAGGAGACCAAGAAAUAGAAGAAGUUGGUGAAGAUAAAUAAAAAAUUACAACCAAAAUUAGCAGAACUCUGAGGGGAGAGAGAGAGAUAGAGAGAGAGCGAGAGAGAGAGAGAGAGAGAGAGAGAGAGAGAGAUGGGAUCCAUUACUUGAUUAUGAAUGUUUUAUGUUUUCAGAGAAGUUGGUUAACCAGUGACAAAGUGAUUUUUUUUUUUCUUUCUGGAAAAAAAUGGUACAAGCAUAACCACAAACAGCUAUGUCCUGUAUUGCUGUAACUGCUGUAGCUAUGCAUGCUUAUAUCAAUUUUGAAUAGAGAUAUGUGUGUGAGAGGAACUUACUAACCAGUGCUUUAGCCUUAUACUGUUUUACUAAUAAAUGUUGUGUACUCAACCAAAAUAUUUAUUUCUUAGUGUGGUGAAGUUUACUGUAGUAAAUGUAAGACAUGCCUUUGCUUCUUAAUCGUCUUUGCUGUUUUUGUGUUUGUACUCUUAAUAAAAAGUUUCAUUCAUCAA